AGAGAAAGAGGCAGAGGCAGGUAGGAAGUUGCAUGUUGACCGUUAGGCAAUAAAGGGAGGGAAAAAAGGAAAAACGCAUGGUGAAUUGACGAGUAUACCCUCUUCAUCUGAUCCAUACCCACCUCUACCGGCAUUAUGUCGACUCUCCGUCACACACUGAAGCCACGCGCUCAAAUCUCACACUUUAAUAGCAGCCACUCCAUUCUAGGGUUUUCGUUCCAAAAUGUUGCAGCUUCUCUACGCCCUCAUUUUUGGCCAAAUGUUUGUCAUCCUCAGCUUCCUCUUCAAAACUCCGGUGAGAAAGCUGGUCAUCAUCACGUUGGAUCGCCUCAAGCGAGGUCGCGGCCCCCUCGUCGUUAAGACCCUCGGCGCCACCUUGGUCGUGCUGCUGGCUUCCUCCCUCUACAGCAUUUCCAAGAUCCACCGUCGUGCCCUCGAAGGUGCCCUCGUUAACCCCACCGACCAAGUCCUCGUCUCCAAGCACAUGCUCGAAGCUUCUCUUCUCGGGUUUGUGCUGUUCCUGUUUCUGAUGAUAGAUAGAUUGCACCAUUACAUCAGAGAGCUUCGGUUAUUGAGAAAGGCCAUGGAGGCUGCUAAGAAACAGAGUCGAAGUUUUGAGGACGGUAAAAGUGUCAGUGCAGCGGAACAAAAGGCAUUGAUGGAAGAAAUCGCCACGUUGAAGCCCAAAAUUAAGAAUUUGGAAUCCGAGUGUGAGGUGAAAGCAAGCAAGGCUAUGGCCUUGGAAGCUGAGGUUGAGGCUCUUAGAAAGCAAUCUGAGGGUUUCCUUAUGGAAUAUGAUCGUCUCUUGGCGGAUAAUCAGAAUCUUCGGAGUCAGUUGCAGGCUAUUGAUCAUAACUCUUCCCAUUCUCUUAACAAAAAGAGCACGUGAAGGUUCAAAUAUGCAAAGCAAUUUUCUUCUUUUAUUCAGCUUUUUCUGCCUGAGUGGUGCCUGUUUGCAUAAGACAACUAGGUCACAAUUGGAUAUACUGUACGUGUAAUAAGAGGAGAGAGAUGUUAUGCGGAUUGAGUGAGUUGAUUAUUAUACUUAAAGCACCUGAUAUAGAUAUAUACGAGUAUUAAGGCCAUGUUUGGAGCUUAUGAUGAGGAUAAGAUAAUAGGUUGGGAUAAUAGUGUAAAAAAUAUAUUAUCAAAUGUUUGGUGUUAUAUAAUGAAUAGACUGAUUGUGUAUACAAAUAUAUGAUUUAUAAAGUUAUCCUCUUAUGUACAAGAAAAAAAAGUGAAAAAUAAAUGUCAGAUGGAUUUUCUCCUCUA